UUGCAUUGUGGGAUGUGGAAUCCAAUGCACUGCGUUCUAAAUCGAAUUACACUGUUGAACGUGCUUUAAUAAUAACUACUACGGAGUGAAUAGAGAACAAUUAAUAAAAAGAUCUAUCUAAAUUAUUUUCGCAGCCUUGCAAUUUUCCUCCGUUAUGAAAUACAGCACCUCGUGUCAUGUGACCUGAUGUGAGCAGCCGUCAUUUAGAUGCAUGAAUCUGUUCUGGACAUUUGCACAGUUUAGGAACGGCUUUGGAUCACCGAACUUUGGAGCUUUUAAAGGAACUGGUCGUUGGAUGUGUAAAAUGCUGAAUGCUGCAGCAGCCGACAGAAAUAAGGAGCCGAUCCUUGCUGUAUUAAAAAGCAGAGUGACAUCAGACAGGCAUCUGAUGGCUUUGGAAAUCUCUUCUGGCACGGGACAGCAUGUCAUUCACUUUGCCAAAGCAUUUCCGAACAUUACAUGGCAGCCGUCUGAAUUCGAAGCUCAGUCAAUAUCGAGCAUUGAAGCAUAUAGACAGUAUCAUAGGCUGCAGAAUGUAAAGCCACCCAUCUAUCUUGAUGUGUCUCAGAGUUGGGAGAACUGGGGUGGAUUUCAAGCUGAGUCAUGUGACCUCGUCGUGAACAUCAACAUGAUGCACAUCUCACCUCUGGCCUGCACAAUGGGUUUGUUUAAUGCGGUUGGAAAAAUACUGAAGCGCCAAGGAUUGCUUCUGACUUACGGGCCUUAUGCUUUCAAAGGAUCGAUUACUCCUCAGAGCAAUGUUGACUUUGACCAGAGCUUGAGAUACAGAAAUCCAGAGUGGGGUCUAAGAGAUGUAUCAUUUCUGAAAAAGCUAGGCCAAGAAAAUGGACUGCGAUUGGAGGAAAUUGUUGAUAUGCCCGCCAACAACCAGUGCUUACUGUUUCUCAAGGACAGUGUGGUUUGAUUUAAUUCAGUUUCAUCGCACUGUAUUUGAUUAUGUGUAGACUCUGCAGUGUUUAAACGGUUCAAAGAUACUGAAUAAUACAAAGGCUUUGCUGAAAUUUGUCAUCACUAUCUUUUU